UUUUAAGCGAUUUUACCUAUUUAAUUGAGUUUUUAGUGGAAACUUUUAAAACGAUAACAAUGAGUACUCACUGUUUUCCUUAUAGACCAUAUGAUUAUAUGUACGAUCCCAUAUUUUCGGUCUCUGGUCCUACAGACCACUACAAAGAAGCAGUUAAAUGCAAAAUAACAACCGCAAAAUUUCAAAUAUGCCCAAUAUUUCCAAACAUGUUUUCGGACCUUCGCAACUAUCCUCGCCAAAAAUUAGUAAGACGAAGAAGCGAAUCGAUACCACUUUACGUGGAACCUGAUAACAAACCGAAAAUGUCCACUGAAUCAUUUGAAGUUAUUUCGUCCAAUGUACUGGGAAAAGACAAAUGCAAGUUCUUUAAACUCCCUAUCACCAAUUUUCCACCUAGGGAUAUUUUACCAUAUAGGACUAUAGCGCCAUUUCAUAUAAAAAAAGUACCAGAGAAAAAUGAGGGUAAAACGCAAAUUAAUGUAGCCACAAACACAGUGUAUUCCAAUGCAGAAGCCCAAACAGAACCUUGGGAGCCACCAUACAAAAUUAUUGGCGAAGGAGAACCUGAGGUGCUUCUUUUAAGCUUCCUAAAAUGGGGUGAGGGUUUACCAGCUGGUCAACACGAAAUCGAAUUAAUAGAAAGGGCAAGAAUGAAAAGGGCAUGGGAAAAAGCCAUAAAGCCAAACGUUGCAGAUGAACAAUCCAUGAAUCAGUUGAAGGAGUAUCUAGAAGCACUAGAACUGGAUGAAUGGGCUUUUAGAGAAAAGGAAAUUCAAGAAAUACAAGAUAUGAGGAUGGAGCUACUACAAAAAAUGUUGGAGGAAGUUCACGAGAAUAGUAAAAAAAGAUCGCAAUCAAAACUAAAUAGCAUUAUAGAGCGUACCAUCGCAGAAAAAAAUAGAAAGUUGGAAAAAUUGAGAAAUGGCGCUAAAAGAGAUCUGCGAAAACUGGGACUGGCCGCCCGCGGCAUCAACCAACGUUACCACAAGGUGAACAUUAUCGAUGAACAUGUGGACUUCAAGUCGGAAAUUUACGCGCCGAUGAUGAGGCACGGCGAGCAUCCGAAACGUUGGCACAAAGUUAUCGACGAAAACAACAAAAAGUACAAGGCGCAGUUUAUCGGGGUCGAGAAGAUCAGCACGCUGCCAACUUGGAUAGAUAAAGCUACCAAGGUGACCGAAAGGGAGAUCGACAGAAAGCUGCCGACAAGGCAUAUUUGCAUGAGGGAGACCAAGUGGACGCAACCGGUGUUAAAGGAACUACAUGAAGAAUUAAAAUCUAUGCGUGUUAAAGAGGAAAGAAGAUCAUGCGGGUUAUUAAAGAGAAUAGAAGUAGAACAAGUUUUGCAAUACACGUCUGAAGCUGAAGCCAUUCCCGACGAAGCUGAGUCUCAGUAUCAAGCUGUAGUGAGGCUGCAAAGUACCAUAAAAGGGCGUGCUACACAAGUUCUGAUUUACGAAGGGCGCGAUAGAUGCCGUAAGUUAAUAGAGACGCUGAGAACGUCCGUGGGCCUUCUACAGUCACAAAAAGACGAAAAGUUGAAGACCAAAUUGAAGGUUAAAAGUCAGCAACGUCAAGAAUUCCUAAAAGACUAUAAGCUCGAACAAGUAAAAGAAAGCCUGGAACGCCUGCGAGGCUCGUCCGUCGGUACUCUUCUGGACUUCUUAAACAAAGAGCUACGCAGGCUGCAAUGCGAACGCAAGGCGCAUGCGCUCUGUAUGAGCUUGGAAAGGGACCUCCACACGCGCGAAGCUGCCGAAGCGGGACGAAGGCAGAGAGAGCUGCGAAGAAGGCGGGAGCACGACGAGAUCUUCAAGCAAGUCGUCAAAAUACACCAGGAAACGGUCGAUAUGUAUUUGCAGGACAUUAUUGUCGAAGGAAUGGAUUUUGCUUCGCAGGACGAGGCUUCUUGCUAUAUUAAAGCCAUAGCCAGGAAAAUCGAUUUGGAAACGGAGGAACUCUAUAAAUUGUCAUCUUCGAUAGAAACUCAGGAUGAAGUUGUAGCUGAUAUGGUACAUCACUUCUUGUUAGAAGAAACACAAAAAGAAGUAGUCAGGCAUAAUAUCAAUGCAAAGCAAAAACAUGAUUUGAGAACAAUACAUGAAGAAGUAUUUGGAACCACGGAAAAUUUGCCCAAGAUCCCUCAUUCUAGCAUAAAAGAAGAAAGUGUCACAGCAAUAGUAGGACCAAUAGUGAGAGAUAUAUGCGAUAGAGCGAUGGACGAAGUAGACUUGGGCAACGAAGAUUUCAUUAGACAUGAAAUUCUUGAACCUCUCAUCGACAGAGUGGUUUUUCAAGAUGAUCCUGAAGAAUUCAGUUACCAAGUUCCGGUGCAGACAGAAGACGAAAAGAGUGUUGCAGAACCGACCAAACUUGAACAUGAUGAAGUGCUGGAAGGAGUACAAUAUGCGGAACAAUCUGAUGCUCCAACAGAAGUAUUAAAAUAUGAAAGUUAUGAAGAAGAGAAAACUGUGGAAGAACAUCCAAGUGAACAAUAUGAAGCUUCGACGGAAGUUUUGGAAGAUGUAAGUUAUGAAGAAGACAAAACUGGGGAAGAAUCUCCAAGUGAAGCAGAUGAGUAUCAAGCUCCCAGUGAAGGAUAA